AUGACGAAAUCGGCCCCGUUGCUUGGCCCGUUGUUGCCAGGACUUGGAGAGAUUGAGGUGAUCUGCGCGGGGAGGCUGACGGCCCUCGCCCGGCAAGCCAUCUACUGCCCUUGGAAAAGGAUGAUGCGGCGAUACCGGCCGCAGCACCACAAACAGAGGAGGCAUCCGGGUAUGUCAAAGAAACAAGGCUGGAUGUAUUAG